AUGAGGGCGCCCGUGAAAGCACCUUCAACUUGGGGUACUACAGCUCGUCGUCUCGCAUGUUGGUUGAUCUUCAUCUUUAUUUGCUACUGGAGUGCUGAAUGGAUCUCAGAUCAUAGGGGCGCAAUCUCUCAACUUCCCCUGGCCGGCACAUUAGUCGCAGCACCAACAAGGCUCUACCAGCAAUAUUUAUCCGGAAGAAGGCAAUUCAGUUCAUCUACGCUCAAGCUACAGGAGCAGUCUCAGCCUAUCAACAUGGGCUCUCAGACCAAGAACCUGGAUGGGCUCAAGGAGCAUCUCACUCAUGAUAAACUUGACGAGCUGCGAAACUUCUGGUUUGAGCAUAUCCCCGAGGAGGCCAACCGUAUCAUCGCUUCCCAAGAACUGCAAAAGAGAUGGUACUUCUCGGACAAAGAGUUCGACGAUGCCUGCGUCACUCGAUUCAGCCCUCCUCGGGACUCGCUAGACUGGCUGAGCCUGAUCAUUCUGCUCGACCAAAUUCCUCGCAACUCAUAUCGCGGCGAGGAAUCAUCCAUCUGCUUCACUUACUUCGACCCUCUGGCACAGCAAGUAUCCCUUGAAUCCAUCAAGCAGGGCAUCCCAGAUAAAGCACCCGAGAUUCGCUGGGUCUUCUCUCACCGCACCUGGUUCUACAUGCCCUUAAUGCACUCAGAGGAUGUAUCUGCACACGAAAAGGCUGUCGCUGCUUUUGAGCAGAUGAACCAGGAUAUACUGAGCUUGAUCGAGGGAACAAGCGGUGCAGAUGAGUAUGAGAGGAAAGCAAGAGAAGUUGUGCAGGCGGAUCCUGAAGCAGCAAAGGCAAGUGGUGAGACGAGCAAAGUGUUUGAGGAGAAGCAUAGAGUGAUUAUUGAGAGGUUUGGGAGAUAUCCGCAUAGAAAUAAGGCGCUUGGGCGGGAGGCAACGCCAGCGGAGGUGGAGUUUCUUGAGAGUGGAGGUGAUACGUUUGGUAGCUGA